AUGAUCUCUACUUGGAGUAAUAUUACUAAAUCACCAAUAUCAAUACACAAAAAAACUGUGGUUUUUAAAACAACUCCUAAGUUCUCUAUUACUCCUGAAUAAUUUAGGUCAAAACUAAAUUUAAGAUAGCAAAUUACACUAAAUCAAAUACCUUCUCCAAUUACAUCCUUGAAGAAAAUACCUAUACCUUAUAGUAAAAAGAAAAGUAGAAUUGAUGAUCCAUUACUUUUAUAUAGUCCUUUUAUUCUAGGCUCUCCAGUUCCUAAAGGAUUUAAGAAGUUUUUAGAUGGAGAGGUUGAUUAAUGCGAAAUGCUUAAAUCUUAAGUUAAAUAAAAUAGUCGAUAGAGUGACGUAUUUGCAUUUGGUCCAAGAAAGUCUAAAGUAAAAAGAGGAAAAACCAUUUAUAUUAAAAACUAAAAAGAAAAUGAGGAGGUUAUUCCAUCAAAGUUGAAGAAACUCUAAAAAUUGAUAGAAACCAAGAUACUCAAAAAAUAAUUACAAUAAACUACUUAAUCAUAAAAGAAAUCCGAAAUCGUUAAUAUUAUCUAAGAAAAAAAGCCUAUUCAACUUUCAAGUAGUGUAAAGAAGUUCAAAUAAAUGUAAAUGCUAUUUAUACCAAAGAAUCCAAUUGAACAAGAUCAUGAAACAUUAAGUUAUUCUAAGCUCAAAUUAAUUAAUGAAUCUAAUGAUUUGAUGAAAAAAAUAUAAGAUGAGUAAACACUUAGAAAUUUCAAUAAAUAUAAUUUAAGAGAUAAAGAGAAAAAAUUCAUAGGACAAUAUAAAAAAGAAAAAAACAGUAACCACUUAAAAAAUGUUGAAUAUUAUCCAUAAGAAUAAAGUACUCUAUCUUAAAAAGAUACAGCUUUAUAUAAUUAUUUAAGAGAAUAAAAUUGUAUUGAUGGAAGAUCUCUUUAUGCUAAUUAAUAAGGUAUAUUUACUUAUUUUAUACAGUAUCAAAGUCAUCUUAAUCAACCAGAAGGAGCAUAUUAUCAAAUCAUAGAAAAAGAUAACCAUUAGGAUAAUAGAAAAUUAAACCAAAUUAAAAUAAUGAUAGUUGUAUCUCUGCAGAUUUAUCUUUACAGUCUGUUUACGAAUACUUUCUGGAUGAUUUAUACACUGAAUAAAAAAAACUUGAAUCUAAAUUAAAUUUCUAAUAAGCAUUUAAUGCUGACCUUGAUAAAUAAAUGAAAACAAUUAAUAAAAUGAAAAAUAUCAAUUCACGAGUAAUUGAUUGUUCCUUAAAUAAAUUAUUCGAAACUUUAUGA